AUGGCGCCACCAAUCCGAAACCUGGUCACCAAGAACAUCAAUAAUCAUCAAACCAUCACAGUUUUUGAGAAGGCUUUCAAGGACCGUGAUGGCGAGCGUUCGGGUCACAGCUCUGAGGUGGAGGCGAUGAUACGCGACUGGGGGAAAAUCCGACGGAACCACGGCAAGAGAAAUUUGGAUCAGCUAGAUGAUACCAUCAAAAGUGACAAGAGGGAUAUUGAUGGCAUGAAAGAUGAGCAACUGGGCCAGAUAAGCAUUUGGAUCCACCAAAACGAGGAAGAAAACAAGUCAGAGACCGAGCCCAACACUUCCGACGUGGCUCAGUUCAACAAGUACAAACACCAUCAAUAUGUGCGACGAUGGGGGCUGUUUUCGGAUGCAGAGGGCAUCAAUGAAGAGUGGUUCAUCCCGGACCCCCCAGUCUUUCCAGAGGACGACCAGAAUUAUCUUUGCGACAUGUGUCGACACAUCGAUUUCAAGGUCUUGUUGUCAAAGCGCGGUCUCCCUGGAAACCAACAGCCAGGACGAACCAGCAUAUUGUUGCUCGGACUAUCAAAGAUUUUGGUGGAGGAAACAUCAUGUGCUUUCUGCCGAUUGAUGCGUCGAAAGAUCACCGAGGACAAGCUGUUGGAGGGUGUGCCUGAAGAGGAGCUUGAAUCGAUGAGCUUCCACCUGAAUGUUCUCGACGAUGGUCCGUCAUAUGCACUCCGUCUAGAGGUUGAGAUUCUUGAUGAAACUCGAAGGAAAAAUCCUAGGUUCAUUUUGCAGAAAAUGACUGAGCAGGAUGACCAGCCACGGCCGCUUCAGGGGCUUGUCGUUCUACGGGAUGUUGCUGAUAUGACACGACUGAGGAAUUGGCUACACACUUGUGACGAGACUCACGGUAGGACAGGAGAGGACCAAGAAGAACUCAUCUCCCCCUUGAUGGGAAGUCUGAGACUUGUCGACAUGGCCGACAACUGUAUCCGAGAAGCGGAAAUGCCCUGCGAAUACGCUUGUCUCUCGUACGUGUGGGGAAAGGGAAGUCAAACACAAUACACAACAGACACCAAGGCGGGCUUAGAAACUCCAGGCGCCUUAACGGAUGCUACAUACAACCUACCACAAACCAUCUUGGACGCAAUGAGGGUAACGCGAGAGGCUGGCCUCCGGUACAUCUGGAUCGACGCUCUCUGCAUCACCCAAGACGACGAUCAAGACAAGGCUCAUAUCAUAUCCAAGAUGGGAACUAUUUACGGAAAUGCAUCAUUUACAAUCAUGGCUUCAACAAACUCCAACCCCACAGACGGACUUCCGGGAGUCGGCGUGCCUCACUCUCGAGCUCAGAUUAUGGAGAAGAUCCAGGGAAUGCCACUCGGAGUCGCGUUGUAUGACGGCCGGCUACGACACUCAGAGAUUGAAGAUGGCCUUUGGAACUCAAGAGCAUGGACAUUCCAGGAAAGGGCUCUUUCUCGGAAGGCCGUCUUCUUUACAGCGUCUCAAAUGUGCUUUGUAUGCCCACAUGGAGCUGCAUUUGAAGACACGGUCGCAGUCCCAGACCCCGAUUACAUGCCUACACCGCUGAAUAACGCAUCUCAGCUAAGCUCCAAGGUCCCUCGACUUCAGGAUAUCUGGAUUCGCGUAUGGAGUGAUCGUACGCAGUUGAGGCAUACCAACAAAGCUUUCGAGACAGAUGACGGUAUUACGAUCAUGGUGGGAGAAGAACUCACGCCAGCUCAAGCUUCCGUUGCGGAGGCGGUUCUGUACAAGCACAAGAUUAUCCCAAGCGAUGAGUCCCUGGAUGCACCUAUGAUUGAUGGCUUCACUCUUUGGGACACGUAUAUCCAGAGUGUCAAUGUUUACACGACGCGUAGCAUGACAUGGCAGUCAGAUGCCGUCAACGCAUUUGUAGGUAUCGCCGACCUGAUCCGGCGAGGAACCAACACCAAGUUUUGGUACGGCUUGCCAGAGUUUGCAUUUACCCAGUCUCUUCUGUGGCAGCCCAAAGAGCCACUCGAAAGACGCGUAUCGAACGAUGGUACCCCCUUGUUCCCUAGUUGGACCUGGGCUGCCUGGCAAGGGCAUGUCUCGUACCGCGGCAGAGGCUGGCACAACGCUGUUGGCUUUCCACCAGCUUCCAUGGUGCGAUGGCUGUAUGAGUCAACUUUUGAAGAGUCCAUGGAGAAGUUUACCCUCGAGGAGAGAACUGAAGAGGAGAUUGAGGAAUUCGCUCGUCGAUUGCGUCAAGUUGGGACCAUCUUGCGAGAGCCUCACCCUAGCGACUAUUUCCAUCUCGAUUAUCAAGAGCGAGGCUGGGUUUUUGAGAAGGACGAAGUUCGAAAUCAGCAUAUUUUCGUUCAUGAAGCAUAUCCCGGAGUCAAGUUGAACUAUCCAAUCUCUCUCCCAGGUCAGCCUAUCAUUGAUCUUCCGUCUACUGAUGGCAAGCUGUAUCUCGAAGCUCGCAUGGUAUCGGCACAGUUUUGCGACAUGAGAGACUUGGGGCCCGUUCAAACUCCCAUCAGUGACAACUUCCUUCAAAUCGGCCUCAACGACGAAGACCGCUCGGCGAACGAGCGACGACCAUGGCAGCAUGUCGUCUACCAUCAGGGAUACCGGGCCGGACUUCUGAGUCUCAACGUUCUUCACCAAGAAUUAGACUUGGAUUUUGCGCAAAGCAUAGUGCAAGAGAGUCCAGAGGGUUACUUUAUUGUCGCCAUUUCUCGUGACAAUUUGCCUCACAUUGCGCCGCCGCCAAUUGGCUGGGACUUGUAUUGGGGCGGAGAUCCUCAGAUGAUGCAAGAAAUGAUUCUCAGAGAGGAGUGGUCUCCUAAUAGAAAAGCCCCUCCGAUGCCAAACGAGGAUGCAACUCCGAGCGACGACAAGGCAAACGAGAAUGGAGACCCUUGGUGGGAUGAGGGCAGAUUUGGAGGUGUGAGCCUAUUUGAUGUAUGCAAUGUGUUGUUGCUUAGGAGGGAUAAAGAUGGGAUUUCGGAGAGGAUUGGGUCUGGGAAGAUUAGCUAUUGUGCUUUCAGUGGCGCGAAGCCCGAGGUUGAGUUGUUGACAUUGGGGUAG